AUGUACUCACAACGCCCGUUAUCAUAUGCCCCAACUCCCUACAGCUACACGCCAAACCCGGCACGAUCGGCCUCAAUCAAUCUCGAUGAGGAAGUGAAACUGGUUUCCAGCUCGGGCGAACGCGAUCUUUAUGAAUCACUUGCCGAGAUCUACAGUAUCAUUAUCACCCUCGACGGACUUGAAAAGGCCUACAUCAAGGACGUGGUCACGGAGGCGGAAUACACCGAAACAUGCACGAGGCUUCUGAAGCAAUACAAAUCCAGUCUGGGUGAUGAAUCUGUGUCACGGGAAUUUGUGGAUUUGGAAACAUUUAAGAGAACUUGGGAUUGUCCUCGCGCAACCGAACGACUCCGCAUCGGUCUCCCCGCAACCGUCGAGCAGGCUUCACACGGUGCACCUGCGGCAAAUUCGGGAGCGUCGGGGAGUGCAACUGGUGCAUCGGGUAGUCUCAUCUUGGCUGCAACGGAAAACUUUAUCACGUUCCUCGACGCAUUGAAGCUGAACAUGGUCUCGAAGGAUGCGCUGCAUCCACUGCUGUCGGAGGUGAUCCAGUCAGUCAAUAAAGUGACAGCUGGAGAAUUUGAGAAUCGUGGCAAGAUCAUCCAGUGGUUGAUUGCGCUGAAUCAAAUGCGGGCGACGGAAGAGCUUAGUGAGGAUCAAGCCCGGGAACUUGCUUUUGAUAUUGAGCAGGCCUACCAAGGGUUCAAGGCCACAUUGAACUAA